CCCAACUUUUGAUAGAUCUGUUUGUGGUGCCAUCUUACAACUGGUGAAAGCUAUAAAACCUAAAGACGAAGCUGCAACUCAGAAAAAGUUCUUAAAGCUUUGUUCGCUCAUACUAAACCAGCAGCAUAUUACAAGUUGUGGUCCUCCACGCCCACCCCCACCCGCACCCCCAACCUCCCUAUGUCUAGGACUAGAGGUGGGAACCCACUGAGGCAUAUUGAUAGAAUAAAUCAAAGUGUGGAGGGGAGAAGAGGCUUAUUGAAGAAAUAUAGUGGUGUUUGCGUUAGACCUGCUCUGGGGGAGGUUGGAGCAAACGGUACAAUGUCUGCCUAUUCAAGUGCCUUGCAGAGUUAUGCUCUUAAUGGCCCUACAUCGUUCGGGAAAGUUAUGAACAGAGCUGCACAAAUUGCUGCAGGGUCCAGCUUGCAUAGCCAGACAAAAUACUUUGUCUUGCUCAUCAUCACACUAUCACAAUACUGGAAGCUGACAACGGCGACCGCUUACAGAGUAGGGAUGGACAGUGCUUACAGAGUAGGGAUGGACAGUUGGCUACAGGGGCAUUGUACAGUUUGUGCCAAUGCGUGGAGUGCUGGAUGCUGAUAACAGCCCUUAAAGGGUAGCACUUGGCAAUUGGCGACACGGGACAUUGUGCAGUUUCUGGCGAUGCAGGGAGUGCAGGGUGAGUGCUAGAUUACUCUAAGGUGUUUAGAAGAUUUAUCAAAUUUCAAAUGCAUAUUGAUUGCGUUCUUUAUCGAGAAAUGUGUUGGCGAUCGAGAAAUGUGUUGGCGAUGUUUUUGCGUACUUUUCUGAGGUUAAACAGAUUUUUGGUAGAAUCCAAAUAAGAUUUUCUGGAUCAAGAAUACGCCACAUAGUUUAAACUACUGAAUUACUCAAACCUUAUAGUAGAAAGAAGUUUUAUACAUCAAGUUGUGAACUAUAUGGACAUGUUAACAGCUUACCUCCUUUUGCACAUGCAAGAGAAUCUGCUACAAGUUACUACAACAAGUGUGAGAAAUAGGAUA